AUCCCCAGCUUUGCUUUCUAAAGCCACUUCUCAGGAGGAGGAACCCUCUUUCAUUGCUUCCAUUCUCUUGACUCCUGGUUACUUGUAGCCCUGGGGAAUGAAGAAUUAGUGUCUGGGCCUAAGAGUGGAACACAAAUGCUGGUGAUAGAAUUCAUCUUAGUUUUGGGGAACUGCCUUUAUUUCCCUUAUAUAUUCAUAGUGGGUGGCGCUGACCGCCUGUGUGACUCUGUCCUCUCAUCCUUGGAUUGUUGGUUGGGGAAGCUGCCUGCUUUCCAGAUUGCUGACAGUCAAAGAACUUCCGAGGUUCUCCACAGUUCUCUGGUGGUCUCUCCUUACUGGCCUUUGUAACCUAGACAAUUUGUUUCCAGAAAGUUCAGGAGCCCUGGAAAGGAGAAGGAAUAAGACGACAGGAGGAAGAGAGAGAGAGGGUAGAAUGGAAGAGUCUCACUUCAAUUCUAACCCAUACUUCUGGCCUUCUAUUCCAACAGUCUCAGGGCAGAUUGAAAACACUAUGUUCAUCAACAAGAUGAAGGAUCAGCUGUUGCCAGAGAAGGGCUGUGGACUGGCGCCACCUCACUAUCCCACUUUGCUGACAGUGCCUGCCUCAGUGUCCCUGUCCUCUGGCAUCAGCAUGGACACAGAGUCCAAGGCAGAACAGCUGACUCCACACAGUCAGGCAUCAGUUACCCAGAAUAUCACAGUGGUCCCUGUGCCAUCUACAGGACUGAUGACUGCGGGUCCUGGUUUGGUAAUCACAUCCCCAUCAGGCUCUCUCGUGACCACAGCCUCGUCAGCCCAGACCUUCCCUAUUUCGGCUCCCAUGAUUGUCUCAGCUCUUCCCCCUGGCUCACAAGCCCUACAGGUGGUCCCUGACCUCUCCAAGAAGGUAGCAUCAACCCUACCUGAGGAAGGAGGCGGAGGUGGUGGUGGUGGUGGCACUGUGGCUCCUCCUAAGCCUCCUCGGGGCCGCAAGAAGAAGCGGAUGCUGGAAUCAGGGCUUCCUGAGAUGAAUGACCCUUACGUCCUUGCCCCUGAGGAUGAUGAUGACCAUCAGAAAGAUGGCAAGACCUACAGGAGCGAAGGGAACUGCGGCACAGGAAAUGGACAGAGCCUUGGGCUCAUGGAUUCAGUUCCCGGCUCCACCACGAACUUGCUGUGUGACCCUGGGUGCCGGAUGUGCUCGCUGACCUUCUACUCAAAGUCGGAGAUGCAGAUCCACUCCAAGUCACACACCGAGACCAAGCCCCACAAGUGCCCGCACUGCUCCAAGACCUUCGCCAACAGCUCCUACCUGGCCCAGCACAUCCGUAUCCACUCAGGGGCCAAGCCCUAUAGUUGUAACUUUUGUGAGAAAUCCUUCCGCCAGCUCUCCCAUCUGCAGCAGCACACCCGGAUCCACUCCAAGAUGCACACGGAGACCAUCAAGCCCCACAAGUGCCCGCACUGCUCCAAGACCUUCGCCAACACCUCCUACCUGGCUCAGCACCUCCGUAUCCACUCGGGGGCCAAACCCUACAACUGUUCCUACUGCCAGAAGGCCUUCCGCCAGCUCUCCCACCUCCAGCAGCACACACGAAUCCACACCGGUGAUAGGCCAUACAAAUGUGCACACCCGGGCUGUGAGAAGGCCUUCACACAACUCUCAAAUCUGCAGUCUCACAGACGGCAGCACAACAAAGAUAAACCUUUCAAGUGCCACAACUGUCACCGAGCAUAUACAGAUGCGGCCUCACUAGAGGCUCACUUAUCUACACACACAGUGAAACACGCCAAGGUGUAUACUUGCACAAUCUGUAGUCGGGCAUAUACAUCGGAAACAUACCUUAUGAAACAUAUGCGCAAACACAACCCUCCUGAUCUUCAACAACAAGUGCAAGCGGCAGCAGCAGCGGCGGCAGUGGCCCAGGCCCAGGCUCAAGCACAGGCUCAAGCUCAAGCGCAGGCCCAGGCCCAGGCUCAAGCCCAGGCUCAGGCCCAGGCUUCCCAGGCAUCACAGCAGCAGCAGCAGCAGCCACCACCACAACCACCACACUUCCAGUCCCCUGGGGCAGCUCCCCAGGGUGGGGGUGGUGGGGACAGCAACCCGAACCCUCCACCCCAGUGUUCCUUUGACCUUACCCCUUAUAAGACGGCAGAACAUCAUAAAGACAUCUGCCUCACUGUCACCACCAGCACCAUCCAGGUGGAGCACCUGGCCAGCUCUUAGAGAUCCGUACUGCCAUCCACUGGAAAGAGAGAGAAGUUCUGGUCCCUCCUUUGUCAACUCCUCAUGGUGGGAAAGUUCUCUUCUUCCUUGACAAGUCCUGUCUCCAGCUCCUUGGGUCUCAGGCAUGGCUUUCCUUCAAAAGAUAACCAUCCUUAAUCUCAGCUGCUCCUGAUUGGCAAAGGAAUCCUGAGCUGAUAGUGUUAUUCAACAGCCCCCAUCCAAGAAGAGCUUUAUAACUGGGGCUUGGUGCUUGAGAGAAGGAUCUGCUGUGACCUCACAUCUUGUCCAGUGUGGGCGCUUACCUAUCUCUCUACUCAUCUUCAAAGUUGGGGCUGAUAGAAGACUAGUGGCUGGCCCUCCCAGAUAACAGAAAAGGAAGCUCUAAAUGCAGCCAGCCUUCUGUUCUAUGCUUACCUGUAAAAGAACAGGUUUUGCACGUGGCCUGACCCCUGUGAGCCAUUUCUUCCCCUUACAUGGUCUCACUAUUCAUAUUGGGUGGUAACCCUACCUUUUUAUUUGUAAGAGGGCAGUCGCUGACACGUGUUCGCCAAGGUGCCAGAGAUUUCCCCAGGUGACCAAUGGCCUAAGAAUGAGUUAAAGAGUUUUCCUUGCAGCCUCCUUCCUUCUCUGCCAACCAAGGGCCUAUACUCUGAGUCUUACCACCCCAGUCCAAGGAGCUAUGGGAGCUGUGUUAGCUGUGUUCUCUGCAAAACCCCAGACAGGGUAUUGCAGAGAAGGGAGAAUUCAGGGCGCACACAAGGACUGGACUUAGCUUCCUAGGUGCCACGGUCAGAUGCCGGACAUGGAUUUAUAUAUAAAUAUAUAUAUAUAUAAAUAUAUAUAUAUAUACCUGCUCAUCACGGCCAUCUUUGUUGUAACCAUUUCUGUGUUUAUAAAUGCAUUAUCUCUGAGAAUUUUCA